CCUUUUCUGUCUCUCUCUCCCACUCACUUUGCUAAACUUCUGCUCAAUUUGAAUUAGAUCCCUUUCUGCUCCUGACUCACACAGGGAAGGCAAGCAGUCCAAAAACACGGGAAUUUAGACAUUUCCCAACCAACAGAUUAAUGCAAGACACGAGGACAUUUCAAAGAACAACUAAGACAAACAAGAAGGGACAAUACUAGUUUGGUGAAUCAUGUCUUUGAUUUGGCUUCUGCUGUAUGCAUGCAUCCAUGCCAUUUAUGGCAUGAUAUUUUUCGGAGACAUGGCUGAUCAGGACAGCACCCUCAGUGUGAGCAUCCCUGUGGAACAGCCAUUGCGCCCCCUACUUGGGGGGAGCAUGGUCAUACCCUGCUACUUUCAGGACAACACUGUCCAGGACCCUGGUGCCCCAACCAUCACCCCACUGUCCCACCGUAUUAAGUGGAGCUACAUCUACAAGGGCAAAAUAUCCCUUAUUCUGGUUGCCAGUGAUGGCAUGGUGCAGGUUGAGAGAGACUACUUGGACCGGGUUCAUAUGGUAAACUACCCCAUGGUGCCAACUGAUGCUACAAUUGAGAUCUCAGAACUCCGCUCCCGUGACUCUGGCUCCUACCGGUGUGAGGUCAUGCAGGGCAUUGAAGAUAACUAUGAUUCGGUGGAAAUGCAAGUUCAAGGUAUUGUGUUUCACUAUCGAGCAAUUUCUACCCGAUAUACAUUGACAUUUGAGAUGGCAAAAGCAGCCUGCAUCCAGAACAGUGCUGUUAUUGCAACUCCCGCACAGUUGCAAGCUGCCUACGAUGAUGGAUACCAUCAAUGUGAUGCCGGCUGGCUUUCAGAUCAAACUGUGAGAUAUCCUAUUCAUGAGCCAAGGGAGCCUUGCUAUGGAGACAAAGAAAAUUUCCCAGGGGUACGAACAUAUGGAGUCCGAGACAUCAAUGAGACCUAUGAUGUGUACUGUUUUGCAGAAAAAAUGUCAGGCAGAGUUUUCUACUCCAUGUCUGUGGAGAAGUUCACCUUUGCAGAGGCUGAAGACCAGUGUGCAAAGUUGGGAGCCCAAUUGGCCACCACGGGGCAACUGUACCUGGCAUGGAAGACUGGCAUGGAUGUGUGCAACGCUGGCUGGCUAGCAGACAGGAGUGUGCGGUACCCCAUUAACAUAGCUCGACCCCAGUGUGGUGGGGGGCUUUUGGGAGUGCGAACGGUUUAUCUGUUUCCAAAUCAGACUGGAUAUCCAUACCCAACCUCCCGCUAUGAUGCAAUCUGUUAUGAAGAAGCGGAAAAGGUUUUAACAAUGACCUCACCAUUUCCUGAAAUAUACACUACCGACGAUUCCAUGUUCAGUGUGGCUACAGCCACCUCAAGCCCAUCAGACUAUACUGAAGACGUGACCACAGUAGGGGAGGUCCGUGGGCAACUGGUUACAGAUGAGCCUCUUAACAUCACAAGCAUAGAAAGCCUCCUAAUACUACCUAACAAAACUGAGGUUGAGGAGGAAGUCAUCGACGUGGCCGUGGCUCUGCCUAAUCUAGGAUACGAGAUUCCCAAGGACAAUGUCACUGCUGCAAAUCUGUCUAUACUCCUUGAUGAGGAUACGUUGAAUGCUACAAGGACGGAGAAGGAUCUUAACAUGACGGACAUAACAGAGCUGCUGAGACCUGUUCAUCCAAUUGUCCCUCCCUUGAUUGUGGACCUGUCUGGAUCUGGAUCAGGAUCUGGAUCAGGCUCAGCAUCAGGCGAUCCUGAUUCCAUUUCUGGAUACAUGUCAGGGAGUGGCAUACCCAGUGGGAGCAUAUCAGGUUCUGGCCAAAGUGGUGAUGGAUCAGGUCAUCUUGUGAGACUCCAAGAAGGUGCUGAUACACUGAUGUGGCAGACUUCUGCCUCAGGCAGCACUUUGGAGGCUAAAGAAGGUAGUGGCAGUGGUAGUGGUGUUAUCAUAACUUCAGGAAUAGGAUCAGGGGACCAAGGAUCUGGAGAGGAGUCUGGACUCUUCCAAGAACAAAGUGGAGCUAGUGGCCUUCCAUCGGGACUCGGCAGUGGAAUUAGCGGUUCAGGAACAAGUGGAUUCUUCAGCGGUGGGGAAUCGAGUGGGUCAGGCUUCUUCGAGGUUUCAUUUAUAGACUCAGAAAUGAUUGAUCUGACUGCAAGACCUUCUGGAGAACAGGAAUUGUCUGGUAUUACCCCAUUUGGCUUGACUGAUGUUAGUGGUUCUGGCUCUGCCAUUGACUUUGGAUCUGCUUCUGGCUUUGGAUCUGCGUCUGGCUUUGGAUCUGCUUCUGGCUUUGGAUCUGCUUCUGGCUUUGGAUCUGCGUCUGGCUUUGGAUCUGCGUCUGGCUUUGGAUCUGCUUCUGGCUUUGGAUCUGCUGCUGGCUUUGGAUCUGCUGCUGGCUUUGGAUCUGCUUCUGGCUUUGGAUCUGCUUCUGGCUUUGGAUCUGCUGCUGGCUUUGGAUCUGCUUCUGGCUUUGGAUCUGCUUCUGGCUUUGGAUCUGCCUCUGGCUUUGGAUCUGCCUCUGGCUCCGAAACAUCAAGUUUCAUCCCUUCAGGUCAUCCCUCAGGAGAGGUGUCUGUUCACAAUCAGAAACACGAUGAAGAAAUUGUAAUUCUAACAGACAAUGAGGCCACUGAGUUGACAUUUAGGUCUACCUUUGGACCUGAAGAGGGUCGUGGAUCAGUGGAAAUCAGUGGAGAGGGCAGUAGUCAAGAACAUUAUGCUGAGGACAUAUCUCUUUCCAAUAGUACUUUAUAUGAAGAUUACUGGAAUGCCAAUGAAACAGAUGAUCCCCUACCAGAAAGAGGUGAGCAAAUUAAUGUCACCACACAAGUGUUCGAUGUGUCUGAUCAGUCACCUCCGAACGCCACACCACCCACCACUUCUGUACUCACCACUUCACCUUCAGCUUCACUACAAAUGCCAAAAGCUAUGGAGGAACCAUCUGUUAUUGAUGCUUCUGCUAACCCCUGUGAUCCAAACCCCUGUGGUCAAGGUUUAUGCUCUCUACAAGAUGGCUUUGCAGUAUGUCAGUGUCAUUCAGGAUUUAGUGGGGAAAACUGCUCAACACCGAUACAGGGAUGUGCUGAGGGGUGGACUGAGUUUAUGGGCAGCUGUUACAUUCAUUUUGAUGAGCGAGAGACCUGGACCAAUGCUGAGCAGCACUGUCGAGAGCUAAACUCUCACCUGGUUAGCAUAUCCUCCCAACAAGAACAAGAGUUUGUAAGAAAUCAAGCUCACGACUAUCAAUGGAUCGGACUAAAUGACAGGAAUGUGAAAAAUCAGUUUCGCUGGACAGAUGGAAGUCCUUUGGAAUAUGAAAACUGGAGACCCAACCAGCCAGAUAAUUACUUCAACACAAAAGAAGACUGUGUUGUAAUGAUAUGGCAUGAGGAUGGCCAGUGGAAUGAUGUACCCUGCAACUAUCAUCUUCCUUUUACUUGCAAGAGUGGACCUGUCACAUGCUCAUCACCUCCUGAAGUGAAGAAUGCCAGGAUGUUAGGCAACAGCAAAGAUCGCUACCCUGUUAACUCCAUCGUUCGAUACCAGUGUGACAGUGGAUUCAUACAGCGCCACCUUUCUGUAGUACGCUGCUUACCUGAUGGUCAGUGGGAGGAGCCUCAAGUCGAAUGCAUAGGAGGCAAAACAAUCAACAGGCUACGGAAAAGAUCCCUCAAGACACAUCCCAAGGCAGUCAAUAGUCGGACGUGGAGGAAGGUCCUCUAAACAGGACAAAAAACACACACUUUAAAACAUCCAGAGGACUGUUAUUAAUAAAGAUCAUCUGUACAGAAGCCUUAUUUACUCAAAAGAAAAUCUCAAUGACAAGGGAACAACCUUAUGUAGUGACAAACUUUAUUUAGCCUGUCUGGCUGAUUGGUUUACAAGUUCUAUUUAGAGCUCUGUUUUGGAGAGAAGAAAGAAAGAUAUCUGGGUUUAUUUAAAUUUAUUUGGCAUUUCCAGAUUGUAUUUCUCCUACUUUUUACCCUAACCCAUAAAUACUGGGUCACAAGAGAUAAUCUAAUCUAUAAAAAACAGACUAAAUUGCACAGAGUGCCAUUUAGAUAACCUAAAAAAGCACAAAAAAGAGAGCAAAGAACAGGAGUUUACUUUAGUUAGUUAGUGCAUUUUCCUCCAGGCCACAAGGUGACACUAAUGCUUACUUGUGUGAACAUUUUCCCGCUAAGAUCUGUGGCUAUGUAUAUGAAAUAGUGGCUGCAUCCAAAAUCGCAUACUUCCCUACUAUAUAGUAGGUGAAAAAAAUAUGUGACAAAAGAAGUAUGUCCGAAUUCACAGUACUCAUAAAAGAGUAGGCAAAAAGUACCCGGAUGACCUACUACUUCCGGCGAGAUCCAAAAGUGUUCAUACGAUGGACACUUUACCAUCCCAUGAGGCCACGGGAGAGGAUUUGUGAAUGGCAGUGAAGAGACAUAACUGACGAUUUCUGACGCAGCCACUAGCUUACUACUUUCCGAAUAUGGCACAGUAUACUGUAUACUGCCUACAAUUAAAAAAAAAAAAAAGUGUAAUAGUAGGCAUUGCAUCGUUACAUCACCUAUUACUUUGCAUACGAGUAGCAUCAAUAAAAUGUGCAUACUGUUCACAGUAUACAUACUAAAUACUGCACCAAUAGUACAAGUACUAUAGCAGUAUGCAAUUCUGACCACAACCUCUAGAACUGUCAAAUGCCGCCCCCCAAUUUGCAUACUCCUAGUAUGUACUUCACCAGUGAUUUGAAAAUGCACAUUUUGAAUAUGUAGAGAAACACUAACAGUAUUUGGAUAUUUUUUUUAUUGUAUUGUUGCAUACUGUUUGCAUUUGAAUGUAAGUAUUAGGAUGAAGGUACACAAUACCUUAGCUUAAUGUUUAGGUUCAUACAUUUCCAUGUGGCAACAUUGGCCUUGCAUUCCUUGUUAGUUUUUCUACAAUUUAAAAAGAGGACACAAGGGGUUGUGAGCAAUAUUAGCCCAAAAAGAAUGCACAGAUGCACUUCAGAAAUCUGCCAGAAAUAGUGUACCAUCCAGGCACCUUUGGCAUACUAUUUUCAACAUACUAUGAUUUGAGAUGCAAAAAAAUCUUAUCUGGCAUACUACUUAGGGUAGAUAGUGUGCAGAUUGGGACAAAGUCCAAAAACAUCAGUGUAUUAAGUAGCACAAAGGUAAUAUUGUCUGGAUAAUACUUCGGAACAAGACAAAAGGCUUGAAUGGCCACAGCUGGAAACAAUUACAUUUAAAUACAUUAGUAUUUCAAAUUCUUUAAUUAAGAUGUGUCUUUUUUAUUUGAUUUGUUGUUUGUUGUAGUUUAAAUGUCUAGUUGUACCUCUGUGAAACUGUGAAAGAUAAAUUCCCCAGCUUGAUUCUAGGUCAGCUUGCAUAGUAUACAAAUGUUUACUCAGACUAGAAAGAUCAUAUCCUGUCUACAUUAGCUGUAAUGAUAAAAUUAUAUUAGUGACUUUUCUGUCACAGGAAGUGAAUGGUUGCUUAUGGCACUUAUUCCUUGUUGUGCAAUGCAUUCACUUUUCCUUAAUUUAUUAAUUCACAAGUUCACAUGAUUCGUCUUGGCAUUCAUAACAUACUUGAGCUCUAAUAUAAAUUCAAUUUUGUAGAUAUCGAACAAUCUAACGUAUGAGACAAGCAUCCAUAUUCAAAUGAGAACAAUAUGGCGUCAGAAAACAAGACAAGAAUUUUGAAAUGGCCUAAACAUUAAAGUAUAUAUUAUUAAUCCAAGACACAAAGUGCCCCACAACGUUUGAUUGACAGAGUCAAUCGUUUCCAAUACAGCGAGUGAAGACACCGGAAUUACUCUCUGUUCCCAGCAAUAUCCAUCUCUCAUUUUGCACUCUGUCACUGUCAUCUCAAUGCUGAGCUCAUAUCUGUCCUAGUACACCUGAAAUAAACUGACUAAAUGUGUGUGAAAA